AUGGAUGAAAAAUACAUGUCCAAACUGUCACCUACUGUUGAUUUUUGGGCAGGGAUGUACCUGGUGAUAAUUGCCAUCCUGUCUAUCUUGGGGAAUGCAGCAGUCCUGGUCAGCACAGCCCGUCGCCUCACACUGCUCAAAGCUCCCGAGCUGCUGACAGUGAACUUAGCAGUAACAGACAUCGGCAUGGCCCUCAGCAUGUAUCCUCUGUCCAUUGCUUCAGCUUUUAACCAUGCCUGGAUUGGAGGCGACACCUCUUGCAUCUAUUAUGGCCUGAUGGGCAUGAUCUUCAGUGUAACCAGCAUCAUGACUUUGGCUGUGAUGGGGAUGGUCAGGUACCUGGUAACAGGAAGUCCACCCAAGACAGGUAUGACGUUCCAGAGGCGAACUGUCAGUAUUGUGAUUAGUGGGAUCUGGCUGUAUGCUGGCCUGUGGGCCUUGUUUCCUCUGCUUGGCUGGGGUAGCUACGGGCCGGAGCCAUUUGGACUUGCCUGCUCGAUAGACUGGACCGGCUAUGGGGAGUCCCUAAACCACUCCACCUUCAUCAUGACUCUGUCUGUACUCUGUACAUUCCUCCCCUGUCUGGUCAUUAUCUUCACCUAUGUUGGUAUUGCCUGGAAGCUGCACAAGGCCUAUCAAUCCAUCCAGAGCAAUGAUCUUCAAUAUGGCAAUAUUGAGAAGAAAAUCACUCUUAUGGCUGUGAUGAUCAGCUUAGGUUUCCUACUUGCCUGGACCCCCUAUGUGGCUGUCAGCUUCUGGAGCAUGUUUCACUCCCAGGAGCAGGGCCACAUGACUCCUUUGAUCACCCUGUUACCCUGCCUCUUUGCUAAGAGCUCCACUGUAUACAACCCCUUCAUAUAUUUCAUUUUCCGGCGUACCUCAAGACAAGAGCUCGUGCGCCUACAGAGAUUGGUGUUUUGUUGUUUUCAUCAGGCAAGUUUGCCUACGGAAGGGGUAAAGAUGGAAGGCAAAAUGGUUAAGGGGUCUGACUGCGCCAUUUCUGGAGAUGGGAUGAAUGCAACCUGUGUGGGUCUGAUGGGAACUCCUGUCAGACAUUCUGGAAGUGAGAUAAUGACUGUGGACUAA